UUUUUUAACAAAAAAAAAAUCUCUCGACCCAAUAAUCUAUCUUCACCUCCAUGUCCAAGGAUCACCGUGAAAAUAUUCUUCAAGAAACUCUGCAAAAAAACCACCACCAUCAACGACAAGAAGGAGGGAUUGAAAAAGAUGGAAUAGAAGAAGAAGAAAGAGGUUUGGCAGCGAGGGAAGAAGAGUGUAAAACGCCAACGUCGAGUGAUCACAAAAUACCCACCAUCCAAAGCUGCCCGCCGACGCCGAAGAAGAAAGUGCGAUCAAAGUUUGCGCUCAAGAGGAAGCUAUCAGAGGUGCAGUUCUUCGAGACCACGAGAAGGGAAGAGGUAGAGUCGUUUUUCCGAUCCAACUCGGAGCCAUUUACUUUGGAUAGCUCUCGCAAAUUCAAGAGGAGAUGCAGGAGUGCUUGAUGAAAUUAAACUAGCCAAGUAAUAAAUCUAAAGUAAUUCAAUUUCGACUUCUUUAAAGUUUCUUACUUAUAUGAAUUAAUUUUCCUCCA